GUUGGGAAGUGAAAGCGGAUGAGAGACUUCCAGGAUAUAUAUAUAUAUAUAGUCUUUCGGAACAGUUCGGGGAAUUCAUAUUUUAAUAAGGUUUUUUAAAAUUUUCUUAAAACUGUUACCGCCUGUGCUGUACGACACAUGCGCACUUGAAUCCUCCAAACACGGACUGGGACUUGCGAGAACUGGAAAUUUUGUAUCAAAACUUUUUUGUUUUUUUUUGGACAUGAUUGAUUUGUUAUCGACAUCCCUGAUGAGCUGUGGCUUACUUUGUGGCGCCUCGCUGACUUCAAGUCCCCGACUCUGACAUGAUAUGAAACCAUCUAGGAGGAACCUGGUUUUGACGCAGCGUGAUGGAAUUACAGAAGCCCUGAUGAAGUCUAACAUUUUUAAGAUUCAUUCUUCCUGGAAAUGGCAAGUCGUGCCAUAUUGAUGGAGCGGACAGCGGUUUUCAUAUGCAGUGUAUUGAUCCUAAUAAUCGGUUUAUGUGUCGGAUCUCCUAACCACAGCCGCCGGCUGGUCUGCUGGAAAGCCAUCCUCAAGUGCCACGGAGAGCCAGAGUGCCAUUACGCGUACGAUCAGUACCUUUAUGCCUGCUCGGCUGUCAUCAAUGGGGACCGCAAGAAGUGUCCCAGUCACUGCAUAUCCUCUCUCAUUCAGCUCAACCUAACUCAAAGUGGUCCGGCUCUGGAGGACUGCGACUGCGCCCUGGACCCGGUCUGCAGGAGCACAAAACAAGCCAUCGAGCCGUGCCUGCCGCGGACCAGCACCAUGGGCUGCACCGAGGCCCGGCGGCAGUGCGAGAUGGACCUCUCUUGUAGCUCUGCUAUGAGGGAUUAUUUAUUCCACUGCAGGAAACUUUUCGGAGGGGAAAGGUGCUCGGAUGGGUGCCGCAGGGUGAUAGCCAACAUGCGCUCCAUACCGAAAGCGCAGCAGCUAGACACUUGUGUAUGUGAUGGCACAGAGAGGAACAUAUGCGAGUACAUAAAAGUCAGCAUGAAAACCUUCUGCUCUGAUUCUAGUGACAGGUUCGCGGGAAGCGGGUUUUCAGACUCUGAGGAGGAUUCUGAGGAUGAUUACAUCGACCAGGAGGAUUAUCAGUAUGAGGAAAACUCGUGUGACUCUAAACCUUGUCAGACUGUGCUAAAUGUCCUGACCACCAUUUUGGUUUUAACCAAAUUAAUCUGAAAAGCUGCUGCCAUGAAGGGCAGAGAGUCAGUGGUCUCUCUCAUUGUGAAUCAACACCAGAAAUCAACUCACAUCACUAAAAAGUUGUCUCAGCCAUGUUUGUCCUUAAACUUAAACAUUUGGGGCAGUUAAAUUCAACCCUAAACUUCCUGCUACAGAUCUACACAAAUGUGUACAAUUUAGGACAUUUGCUGUUUGUUAAUCACGCAUGUUAAAAGCAUGCAAAUGACGGUUUGUGGAUCAGAUCAUUACCAUAUGUAGUAUUAGUUAUAUUUUAGUUACACAUUCAAAAAUGUUCUAAUAAUGCUGAAGGAGACUAUUUUUCUAUGUCGGCUAUAUAAAGAUAAAUUGUACAGUAUAUUGUAUAAACUUGUUUUUGUCAAAGUAUUUGUUUAUGAGGGACAAGAGAUUUGCACUGUAUAAAUAGGUGAGUCACACACUUUUACUGCAUUAUGACCACAGAGGAGGGAAAAAUGUUUUGUCUAAAAGUGCCUAAAAGUCUUUUUACUGGUUUUUAUUCACCAUAAUGUGACCAUAUCAGAAGCAUUCUGUGAAAGCACAGCAAUUUUCCUUUACCAGCCGUACAGACUUUUUCCACAACCCCUUCAUUAAAAACCAAAGUUGAUGUAAGCUACCGAAAUGUGUCUAAAUCCCAGCGCAGAUAAUGCAUCUGAAACAAGAAGCUCUUAAGAAUGAAACACUUGACCUUGCAAACAUGGAUGUUUGGGUAAGGUAUAAAGUGUUCAUUCUUGAAAACUGUUCAAACAGACGAGAGAAAGGUAAAACUCCUCCUCUUGGGGAUUUGCAGCCCGAAUGGAGCCAAGAAGUGUUCGGUCAGUUUGUUUAUCCUCACCCCAUGUGUUAGUUAGAAGUCUUCACUAAAGACACACUGAGAAAAAAAAAAA